AUGGGAAAUUACGUUUCCUGCACUUUGGCCACCCCUUUAAUCAAAAGUGGUAAAGCUGCAAGGGUGAUCCUUCCCGGCGGCGAAAUCCGGCAAUUCCGGGAACCCGUAAAGGCUGCCGAGCUUAUGUUGGAGUGUCCCAAUUUUUUUCUCACCAAUUCCCAGUCUCUUCACAUAGGCAAGAGAUUUUCAGCUCUGACCGCCGAUGAAGAAUUGGAGCUGGGCAACGUUUUCCUCAUGUUCCCGAUGAAAAGACUCAAUUCCGUGAUCACCGCAGCCGAUAUGGCUAUACUUUUCAUGGCGGCGAACUCUUCAGCCAAGAGAAUAUCAAGUGGAAAAGUGAGGGUUUUGCCGGAGACCGGAAACGUUGAAGACGAGCAAGAAAAGUCGAUGGGAGGAACAAGGUUGAGCUUAGAAGGGGUUGAAGAAUUCAAGCAUAGGUUAUCUGUUUGUAGGUCAAGAAAACCUUCAUUGGAAACAAUCAAAGAAGAACCUGUUUACUCAAGGUGA